UUCCGACUUUCGCCUGCUGCUUGCUUUUUUAUUCCAGCUAUCAGAAUAUCAUUUUUUUUUUUUUUUUACUUGAAUCAUGUCAAUGGAGCUCCGUUUAAGCUUCUAUAUAUUGUAGGCAAGACAAGGUUUCAUCAGUCUGAGUGAAAUGGAGAACGAUGUAGCAUAUCAGAGCUAUGCUGAUCCCUGCAGUCACUUUGAGGAGAAAAAGCUAAGACUCUUUGGCUUUGAUGUGGAUCCUGAUGCAAAGGAUGUGAGAUGUGGAAGAGAAUCAGGGAAAGCCGAUGGAAGCCUGAAUUCUGCAAAUACAGCUUUGUCUGUCGCGGACAAAAUUGCCCAGGAGACGAGUUCCGCGCCACAGAGGAAGUACGAAUGUCAGUUCUGUCUCAAGAUUUUCACGACCUCGCAGGGGCUUGGCGGACACCAAAAUGCUCAUAAGAGGGAAAGGCAGCGAAGGAAGAGAAUGCUACUUCAAGCACGGAGGGGUGGCUUCUAUGGUGGGCUUCAAACUCCACAGAGUCACCACUCUCCUCUGUUAUGGUUUGGCGAAUUCUGUUCCCAUGUUCCUCCUGUGUUCCCGCUCGAUGAGUCGAAGAUUAGCUUAAGCCCCAUGGAUCGAUACCGAAGCUCGUGCUUGAAUGACUCUGUUACUCUUUCACCUUUCUGUGCAUUCCAUGAAGAAAGGCUUGGCAUGCUCAGCCGGGAACAGAAAAGCACUUCCGGGACUGGUUGACAUGGAAGACUUCUCUUGAAGUGACGCCAUCGAUAGUGUGGAGCAGCAUGUGCCGGCAGAGACCAAGCCAAGUUUGUUUGUGAUUAAGAAGGAAACUGAUUAUAUGUUUGCUAUGCUUGAUUUUCAUUCUGUACGAAAUUCCCAAUGGCUAACUCUGCAAACAAAAGAAGAUCUCAAGAGUUGAACAUGCAUCUUUUUUCUUUUAUUCAAUGGUGCUGAUUGGAAGUAAUCCAAAAUUUCUAAUUGUUGUCUCUUGGAAGAGAUGGUAAAGUUCAUUUGUGAUCGUGCCGCACAACCAAAAGGGCACCUCGAUUUUAUGCAUAUGGUAUAAUUUUCUUUUGUCUUUUUUGCUGCUGCUAGUACAUAUAGUAUAAUUUUGCUGUAAUGCUCUGGAUGCUUUCAUUUUUCUAGAUAUUCUUUCUCUUGCUAAAUUUUGAUAUGUGGGCCAGAGGCGUUCAUCCGGCCCACCCAAUUCUGACUAUGGGCUGAGUCCGAACCGUCGAGCUUUCAUUUUGUGAAGCCAGAGAGGAGAGACCCAACCCAAGCAUCAAAUUUUUUCAGGGCCUAAAAUGGCCCACCAAACCAAGGAAAGUCGGGCCUACCAGGCGCAAUUGACAUUCCUCUGUCUUCCCCUUUCUAUGGAAAAUUUAGUUAUAAUAACACUUUUAACUUCCCCCUUCUAAGCAAUACACAGUUCAUUGUCCACAGCUAAUUCUAAAGAGCCCAGAUUGACAGUGUAGUUAACCCUUCUAUUGAUUUUUAUGUUUUUUACACAAGUGACUACACUCACCUUAUCUUUGAUCCCAUCUCCUUUAUUACUUUCUAUGGAAAAUUUAGUUAUAAUAACACUUUUAACCUCCCCCUUCUAAGCAAUACACAGUUCAUUGUCCACAGCUAAUUCUAAAGAGCCCAGAUUGACAGUGGAGUUAACCCUUCUAUUGAUUUUUAUUUUUUAACACAAGUGACUACACUCACCUUAUCUUUGAUCCCAUCUCCUUUAUUACUUUCUAUGGAAAAUUUAGUUAUAAUAACACUUUUAACCUCCCCCUU